AUGGUGAAUACAUCUUCAAAAAAACGCCCUAUGGAACAUGGCUCAAGUAGUGAAGAGUCCGAAUCUGAAAAUGAGUAUCAAGUCGAGGCAAUUAUUGACAAGCGUACAAAAGGAAAAAAAGUGCAAUAUCUUCUCAAAUGGAAGGGCUAUUCCGAUGCUGAUAAUACUUGGGAAAAUGAAACAAAUAUGAACUGUCCUGAUCUCGUUCGAGAAUUUGAAGAGAAUUACAAGAAGAAUAAUACUGAAAGAAAAUCAAAUGGAAAAAACGAAUCGAAGACGAGAAAACGAUCGACAAAAUCGAAGAAAGCUAAAGUCGAAGCAAGCGACGAAGAAGAUCAUUCAGAUGGAGAAUCAUCAAAAGCCAAUGACGACGAGUCCGGAAAAACUCGUGAUCACAAUGUCAGCAGUGCGUCGACUACUGCGACCCAUGAAGAAUUGAUGACGAGUAAUUGUGAAUCGCUGGAAAGAACUCGUCUUCGAUCAGCAUCAAAGACCGAAAGUGCCAAUGGGGAAGUCGUUCACGAAGUCAAGGUAUCGACAAAUAGCGACUAUGACAAAACAACGAACAAUGGCUUCGAACUAGUUAAUAGAUCUUCACCAGUUAAAGAGAAUAGUGCCAAUGAAUCACCAGUAAAUCUUCGUCUUCGCAUUACACCAAGUGCUGCAUCGUCACCAUCGAUCACAUUGAACGAUAGUGAUAAUAAUAACAACAUGAACAACAAGUCGACAGUAGAAAAUGAAGUUAACAACCAUAGUCAUGACCUUGAGGCAUUCGAAAUGAUCAAUGACGAUGAAGAACCAGUGGAGAAGAUCGAAGGUGUCCGAAAUGAUCAAAAUGGAAUAUCUUUUCGUAUUAAAUUAUCCGGAAAACCCGAGACAGAAUGGAUGUCGGCGAAGGUUGCCAAUCGAAAAUAUCCGCAAGCUGUAAUCGCUUUCUGGGAGAGUCACGUCGAAUUCACAUAA